GGCCACGGCCUUGCUGGAGUCCGCUGGCGGGCAGGAGGAGCGCGCAGGUACUAUUUUGGGCCAGUCCUUGGCGAAGGCAAAAGGCUUUUUUUGUGCCUUAAUGACCUCGGGUGACUUCACCAUAGUGCAGGCAGGGUCCUUUUUCAUCUAGACGAUGAAGGCCGGAAAGAGUGAACGAUAGAGUUUGAAGAUUGAAUAGACGUUGACGGUUCAUCUGCGUACUAACUUCGGGGCUUUGCCCCCUAGGUGUAUUUUCUUUUCGUUUUGUCCUUUUUGCCUAGUAACCUUUACAUUUAUGACAGGCAAUUCGAAUUCUAUGUCUCCCGUUGGACGACACUAGCUACCUAAGCGGCUUUUUAUUAUUGAAAAAGUCGCCCAGCUCCCCCUCGCUCCGAGUCCGACUCUGACCUCGACGAUAUGGGUACGUACUAUGCUGUUAGUGCAAACUUACUCAUAUAAAGGUACUACAACUUCUACUAGUGUGGAGCAGGGCGGUGCCUUGCAGCGAAGAAUUAAAGGUUUCUUGAGCGCCUUGCAGACUUCGGGUUCAUUUACGAUGAAUCAAGCCGGCGGGUUCUAGCUUAGUCCUAGCGCGAGCGCGAGGAUCAUUCAAAUAUAGUGUAUCACUUAUCGGAUCUGCUUUGCGAGGAGGAGGCGUGGCAAUGCGGUCAGAGCGCCACUUAUCUGCUCAGUUUUUUUUUCCCAUGGAAGAUGAGAAGGAUGAUGAUGAGGAUGAUCGUAUCGUGAUGUCGACGUGUCCAUCAGCGAUCUUCUUGUGUGGCUUUUGGUUUUGAAUGAAAUAAAGCAAAUUGCGUUUUUUUUUUCCCUUGCAGAGGAUUGACAUCCGGCGCUCUUACUUACGUUUACUUUGCUGUCAGGAUGCUGCCCUCACAGUACAGAUCCUGAGGGUGUGAAGAUUCCGCUCAUGCGGAUUGCUUACGUGUGAUCUGUUCGCGACACAAGUAUUCUACACGGGGCCCCCUCUUGUUUGUUGUCCGAUGUGUGCGCCUUUGGCCCGCAAGAGCGAAAAUGAGGAUCUGUUUUCACGAAAAUAUUCAUAUCAUAUCAGGUAGGAAAACAACCAGCAGCCAGGCGCGGGAUGGUAUUCUCGCAAGUGUCGGAACUUUUCUAAACAACAUGUUCGGUGGUGCGCUGCUAACCUCGGGCUCUUUCCCCAUGAUGGCUUCUGCUGGGUUUUAAGGCCGCUGCGCUACUUCGUCGAACUUUAAUUCUAUCUGUGAGCAUUCUUGUUGUGAAGAUAUGGUGGCUCGACCUACAAUUGGCACAGAAACAGACUCAAGAAAGAAAAGCAACUUCUAGCGUUCACCGUCUGAUCGGAUGUAAUGGCAGUGUCGCGAUUUUUUUUCCUUGAUUUUUUAGUGUCAAUGUUUUGAAGUUGGCUUGGAUGACACACCCAUUUCACAUUGAACAAGUUCAAUUUUUAUUGAAUAUCAGCUCCAAAUCCAAUAGUCAAUCUCAAGCUCAAUUCAUC